AUCUUCAGAGGACUCAUCCCUAUGUCUUUUCUCUGAGUUCCGACUACUUCCCAGUGGAAAGAAAGCAUACUGAGAACAAACACUGGAGUGCUCUUGGAGAAAGGUCCCAUGGGGACUGUACCUGACCCUCUGAGGGUGACUAAAGCUUCAAUAGUGGCAGCUUCUGAGAAGGAAAAAUCUCGAGGGGAACUGCAGAGUGUCUCAGAACAACCAGCUCGGUCAGAUAAGAAUGCUAGUGGCAUUGGCAAUGCUCCUGCAGAACUCGGCCUCAGGCUCGAUACAGCUGCUCAGGCCCUGAUGCAAGCUUGUGUGCAUGAGUCCAGCCAGCAAGACAUGGCAUCUCCUGAUGUCUUCAAUAAAGCAGAGCACGUGUCUCCCGAACAGAAAACACCUGAUGACUCCCAGUUUCAAGGAAGCAAGGAGUUAACAGCACCAGAUCCAAAUGCUACCGCAGAAAAGGAACUUAUCUCUGUGCCAUUUUUAGUGUCUGCAGUCCAGCACACUCACCAUGCCAUUCAAAGUGACCCACCAAAUGCUAGCACCUGUCCAGUACCUGAAGAGUCCUUGGUGAAAUCAGAGGCAAACUCAAACAGUGAGAAACCUGAAAAGUCAAGUUGUCCUACCAGGGUCACUUGUUGCAGCAGCAAAAAUGAAGUGCUCUGUGAUUUUCCUUCUCCAGAAAACAGCCAGAGAAUCGUACAGACUCCUGAUAUAGCAAUGAGGAUUCACUCAUCCCCUUCUGCAGACGGACCUGUGGUGGAAGGACAGAAAGCCAUCAAUAACACCACAGUGGCGUCCAGUGAACAUCCAGCAAAAGGGGGAAGCUCAGAGAACAAACAGCCCUCUGCCACUGCCUCGGACACUACAGCUGAAAAGUCAGAAAACUCUCCACUCUCCUCCCUCACCAACAGAGAGGCCACAUGUUCUUCAGAAUCAAGGCAGGCACAGCUGCCAGCACAGCAUCUAGUGUCAAGGUUCAAAGAAGCUAGUACAAUGACCUGCCAAGCUGAAAGUGAGACCAAGGAAGUCCCUGGCAGGGCUUGGCAAGAUGCUGAGGUGCAGGCAGUGGCAAGUGUGGAGAGCCGGUCUGUCUCUACCAGCCCCAGUAUCCUUCCCGCAUUCUUAAAGGAAAAUCCUGCUCCGGAGCUCAAUGGGCAAGAGCAGCUGCGUGUCAUUUGCCAUGGCAAGGGCAGUGGAAGCCACUUGUUGGAACUCUCUAACAACAUGGUAGAUCCCCAGGAGUCAAGACAGUGCCCCAGCAUUGUACCACAGGUGCAUAUCCAGUCAGCUGUUGCCACUCCUGCAGCUUUCAAAGGGGGAUGCAAACCAGUGAGCCAACCAGCUGAAGGCCUUAAAUCCCCACUGAGCCAUGUGGCCUCCAGUCAAAAUCCGGAUACAGAGGAAGACCUGCAGUCUUCAACAAGCAAAAGGGCAACCUCCAGACAGCUUGCAGGUACUAAUCCUGACUCCCAGAAAGCUAGUCCCAUUGGCCAGAUUUCCCUCUUGGCAGGGAAUCAAUCUGAGAUAAAUCAGGGGUUGGGGAACUCUGGACCCAGGGAACCUGAAUUUGUAGGGAAAGCUACAAAUGACCACAAAGCAGAGCCAGGCUGCAAACCAUCCAAUUCCCGUGGAGGUGCCAACAAAGACCACCCCCCGGAGAGCUUGGACCCCACUGAUAAAAGAGGUGCAAAGGACAAGAAGCCUGCUUCUCCUCUUAUUGUGAAAGACCCUGCACCCGGAGCCACCAGCACCCUAGAUGCCAAAAUCGUACUGCUAAAUCCUAAAUCUCAAGGAAAUGAAGGUGAGGGACCGGAAGUCAAUCCUGCACCCUCCCCGGGGAGGAAGAGCCAACAGAACACCUUGGAAGAACACAGGCAGACCCAGACAGUCACAAGCCUGAGCCUGCCAUCAGAUGGCACAAGUGACUGGAGCCCAGGCUCUGGUAAGAGGACCCCUUCUCGCUCGGUCAAGGCCAGCCCGCGCAGGGGCAGCCGGGUCAGCGAGUUCCUGAAGGAGCUCAAUGUGACAGCUGCUGCUGCCCAGGUCGGGCUCACACCUGGAGAGAAGAAGAAACAGUUGGGUGCAGACUCCAAGCUGCAGCUGAAACAGUCCAAGCGAGUGAGGGACGUGGUGUGGGAUGACCAGGGCAUGACCUGGGAAGUGUAUGGUGCUUCCUUGGACCCAGAGUCCCUUGGAGUUGCCAUCCAGAACCAUUUACAAAGACAAAUUAGGGAACAUGAGAAGUUAGUUAAAACACAAAGUGGCCAGACUCGAAGAUCUAUUUCCUCAGAUUCUUCUUCAAGUAAGAAGCUUAAAGGGAGACAACAGGGUGUUCUGCAGUCCAUGCUGCAAAACUUGCGGCGCCCCAAUUGCUGUGUCCGCCCUGCCCCGUCCUCUGUGCUGGACUAAAGCUGUGGUAUUCGUGUCGAAGCUUAGAAGUUGGGUUUCUGUUUUGUUUUGGGUUUGCUGUUAUUGUUUUCUGGGAGACCUAGGAGUAAUAGCAACUAUUAAGUUUAAGAAUUAUCUAUUAUGGGUUGUCGGGUUCUCCACAAAUAAUACCCCAUUUCACACUGAUAGAAUACAGGAGGUAAAUUAAGCUUGCAGAUAGUCUGCAUCCCAACUUC